AUACAAAAUCUAAAAUCCCCAAAUAUACGCUAUGGCUAAUUUGGCAUUUCUUCUCAGAUAUUUAGGAGUAUUUAUUUAUAGCACUCAGACAAGAAUCUAUGAUCAGCCGCAAAAAAUGGUGUCAGAACCAAAUCCAGGAAAAAAAAAAACCGCGGAAAUCCUGGUAGCACACAACAAUAAAAGUGUCAAAGGUAAUAAUCAAUCUGACUCCGUUCUACUUUCACAAUCUGAUUCGAUUGAGACGCUGUAGAUUUUAUCAGAAGAAAGGAAAAUUUGAAAGAGAAUGAUGAAUUCGUUGUUGAGCGCCAAGGCAUGCGUGGGUGUGCGGUCACCGAUUAUAGCGAACUCCGAGGAAAGGAGUACGAGGAAGAUGAUACAAAACGUGAAUUGUAGGAACAGUAGGAAUUGGAGGAAUGUGGCUGUGUCGUGCGGUUCGGAGAAGAACGGUAACGAUGGAAUUGACGCGAGUGAAGGGUUGAAUUCGGGGUCGUUUUUGUCCCCGAGUCACAAUUACGCGAUCUUGAAGCACCGGAUGGAGAUAGCGGCAAAGUCCGAGUAUUAUGAAGAGGCUGCAAGGCUUCGUGACUCGCUCAAAUGCUUCGAGGACGACGUUCCUGUUCUUCGUCUGCGGAGGCUGUUGAAAGAAGCUGUUGCUGAUGAGAGAUUUCAGGAUGCAGCUAUAUAUCGUGAUCAGCUCAAAGAAAUUGCUCCACAUUCUCUCUUAAAAUGUUCAAGUGAUUCUACAACCUUGGGAAUUCGGGUACAAGUUAAGAGUGUAUAUUUAGAGGGCAGAAGUCAACCAACAGAAGAGGUAUAUUUCUUUGAAUAUAAAAUAAGAAUUACCAAUAACACAAACCGCCCUGUUCAACUUCUGAGAAGGCAUUGGAUUAUAACUGAUGCUAAUGGAAAAACUGAAAAUUUCUGGGGAAUUGGGGUUGGUGGUGAACAGCCAGCUAUAUUUCCUAGAACUAGUUUUGAAUUCUCUUCUACAUGCCCUUUAAACGCACAAAAUGGUAGAAUGGAGGGUGAUUUUGAGCUGAUACAUGUUGAUCGAGUAGGUCCAAGAGCAUUUAACGUGGCUGUUGCCCCAUUUUCUCUCUCUCUACUUGGAGAUGAUGAUGAGGAUGGUGAAACUAUCUGAGGUAGAAUUGCAGCAUCACCUUCUCAUGUUGCACCAAAUAAGCAUUCAGAACAUGUUUUCACAGCCAUGUUAAGAAAUUAAAGCUCACUAUUUGCAUUUGCGGUUUGCAGAAUCAGACAUUGUCACUGUUUUGCUGUACAAAUUUGUAUUUUAUUUUAUUUUAUUUAUUUGUGACAGAAUCGUAUAAAUGUGUUUCGUUCGUACAGAACUCGAUUAUUACUAAACAUUAGUUAGUUGGAGUUUGUUAGGAGUUGACAGUGGUUAGUUGCUUUCUAUUGUUGGUUAGUUUUUUCUUCUGCUGUAUUUUAGUUUUGUUGUAGAGCUCUCGUGGGAAAAGGAAGAGGAAGAGGCAAUGGUAGUAUCAUACAGAAAGGGAAAAGGCAACGACAAUGCCAGUAGAAAAUGAAGAGGCCGUGACAGUGUAAAAAAAAAAAAGAAGAGUCAGCGAGCACAUGAGAGAAGACAACCCUAGUUUUAUCUCUUUUUCCUUUCUUAUUUUCUCUGGAUCUAAUAUUU